CUUAAUUAAAAAAGUGUAAAAUCAAACGGUGCAGAGAGGCAGAGACAGAGGGCAGAGAUUGCAUAAAAAUUUGCAUCUUAUUCUGAUCAGGUUGAGCUGUUCUCUCUGUAACAGCAGCUGCUCCAGAACAUCGUUCUCUGCGCCCCACCUUCACAAGCAUCUCCCCUUCCCUCCGUACUGCUCUUUUCGCUGCCCCACCCCCACCCCCACCCACCAAUCGCGAUUGUAUAGUACUAGAUCAUAACAACUCCUGCCCCCUAUCUCUGAAAAUUAGCUCUGGAGAAAUGAAAUCUUGUUAACCUCACUUCCCAUAUCUGAAUUCUGCAAAUUCAACCUGAGAGAUGAUGAACAGAGACCCGUUCAAUCAAAACUAUUUCCAGGGUUCUUUUUCUGUCGGUGGCGCCAGCUCCGCUGCCAUGGGUGGCUGCGGGAAGCGCUCUGCUGCUUGCGAGAGCGAGCCGGACGCCGGGAUGGACGAGCUCUUGGCGGUUUUGGGGUACAAGGUCAGGUCGUCUAACAUGGUGGAGGUUGCGCAGAAGCUCGAGCAGCUUGAAGAGGUCAUGUGUAGUGUUCAGCAGGACGAGUUGUCGAAUUUUGCAUCGGAAACAGUCCAUUACAACCCUUCAGAUCUCCCGUCGUGGGUCGAUUCCAUGAUUUCUGAGCUCAAUCCGUUCACUAUGCCCCAAUCCGAAUUCUCCACCGUCCUCAACGGGUUUCCCAGCCCGGCCGCCGCUGCCACACCUCAGAUCUUCGGUGACUCGCCUUUCGAUUCCGCAGAUCUAGCCGCAAUUCCGGGUAGAGCGGCCUAUCCUCGAGUAGAGACGCCUCCUGCGGCGGUUGUGCAGCCUCCCAGCAAGAGGUUCAAGUCCGCCUCCAAUUCUCCAUCUUCAACCACUACAUCUUCUUCGAACAUGAGACUCGGCGGCGAUGGCGGCGGCAUCUGGCUCAAUCACUCCAACGAGUCAAUGAAUACUCCGUCUUCGCGACCAGUCGACUCAAGUCGCCCUCUGGUCGUCGUUGACUCGCAGGAAAACGGCGUGAGACUCGUCCACACCUUGAUGGCCUGCGCUGAGGCGAUCCAGAAAGAGAACAUGAAAUUGGCGGAAGCUCUGGUGAAACAGAUCGGCUUCCUCGCUGUCUCGCAAGCCGGAGCGAUGCGAAAGGUCGCCACCUACUUCGCCGAAGGUUUAGCCCGGAGAAUCUAUCGACUCUACCCUUCCAACCACAACGACUCCUCUCUUUCAGAUCUCUUACAAAGUCACUUCUACGAGGCCUGUCCCUACCUGAAAUUCGCCCAUUUCACCGCCAACCAAGCCAUCCUCGAAGCUUUCGCUGACAAAAAACGGGUACACGUGAUCGAUUUCUCCCUUAAACAGGGGAUGCAAUGGCCUGCUUUGCUCCAGGCACUUGCAGUGAGGCCCGGCGGUGCUCCCACUUUCCGACUAACCGGAAUUGGACCACCGUCAACUGACAAUUCAGAUCAUUUGCAUGAAGUUGGAUGGAAGUUGGCCCAAUUGGCUGAAACAAUCAAUGUGAAAUUUGAGUUCAGAGGGAUUGUGGUUAACUCGUUAGCGGAUCUGGAUGUGUCCAUGCUCAAAAUCAAGGAAGGCGAAGUGGCGGCUGUGAACUCCAUCUUCGAGCUUCAUCCGUUGCUCGCCCGGCCGGGAGGUAUAGAUGACGUGUUAUCGGUCGUGAAGAAAAUAAAGCCUGAGAUUCUCACCGUGGUUGAGCAGGAAGCCAAUCAUAAUGGCCCGGUUUUUAUGGACCGGUUCACCGAGUCACUGCAUUACUACUCCACGUUCUUCGACUCGCUGGAGGGUUGCUUUGCCACUGCUGGGGAAGGCGGCUCCGUCACCGAACAAGAUAAGGUGUGGUCGGAGGUGUAUUUGGGGAGGCAGAUCUGUAAUGUGGUGGCGUGUGAGGGUGUGGACCGGGUCGAGAGGCAUGAGACGUUAGCACAGUGGAGGACCCGAUUUGCUUCGGCCGGGUUAAGCCCGGUUCACUUGGGCUCCAAUGCUUACAAACAGGCCAGCUUGCUUUUGGCGAUGUUCGCGGGCGGAGAUGGGCAUAGAGUGGAAGAGAACGAUGGCGGUUUGACGCUGGGUUGGCACACGAGGCCGCUCAUCGCCACCUCGGCCUGGAAACUCAGCACUUAACUUGCCGGGUUUUCCAAAUCCAUUGGGCUGCUCGGUGACCUGCCGGUUCAUUUGUGUCCCCUGUUUUUCUUGUUAAUCCAAAUAAUUAAUUUAUUAUGGAACUUUACUGCGUUUAAUGUUUAAAUUUUGUGAAUGGGUUAAGGAUGAUGCAAUGCUUAGAAUUUCAAUGGUGAAUUUGACAAUGUGUGUUUAUAUAUG